AUCCACGCCGAUGAAAACUACCAUGACGACACCACCUCCUGCACACAGUAGCGCCGCCGCCGCCGGCUAUCUUCUCCAAGUCCGGCGGCAAAGCUUUUCUACGCGGCCACCUUGAAUCAAUCCCGCCGAUACGGGGGAGCGUAACGCGGCGGCGGAGCCAACCCCUCCACCAGCACGUCUUAUUGACGUCCACACCGCUCGAAUCGGCGGGUUCUUCCUCGACCCUGUGCUCCGCGCGCGGCCCUUCUGCUUCGACCCCGACAGGCUGCAGAGUCUCCGCGGCCUCGCUCUCUACGAUUUGGAACUCUGGCCUCCUCAGGCACGCGCGCACCGUACCUGAGCGCUGGAGGUCGCGAAGGAGCGGUAGUGUGGUCGAUGCUCGCAGAUGAACGCGGCGGGGCAGUCCAGGGUACGGCGGGGCGCGCGGGGCACACCAGAGCACCUCGCGCUUUCUUCUCUCUUCCUCCCUCCAAUCUGUAUGAGUACAGCAGGAAGCCAAAAUCAGCACAGAAUGUGUGGAUGCUUCAAGUUUUCCUUUUCAUCACUGCUGAAACGAAGGCUGAAAGGUCGUGGAAAUGAUACAAAGGGGAGGGGAGCACCAGAUGAUAAAGGAUAUUUGCGAUGAACCUCCAAACCCUGAUCAACCUAUCUCCGAACACUGUAUGGCACCCAGGGCCAAGGUUUGUACUUCACACUUUUGGCUAGAAAAAGUUCUGGCUGGGAUCUGAGAGCUCACCCAAGCGAUUGACGCCAGGAUUUAAAACCGAUAGCUUAAAUUUGUGUGUAUGAUCCAUCUAUUUGCGUUGUGAAGUUUGGCAAUCGUACUGUGAGCUUGAUAUGGUGAAGCACAACCUGUGGUAAUUCAAACUUGGCCUUUUUUCCCCUGGGAAUCCAUGUCUAGCUGUUCUUGUGCAGUGCAAUCAGGUUAGGUUUAUGCUGCUUAGUCAUAACCUGAUCGAUGCUUUCAAAUUCACAUGCUGCUCACUCAUGCAUGUCCUCACUCCAUAAAGCAACCCUGCAACCACCACUCUAGGUGACUGAUUGAUUGAUGAUAAAGUUAUUAUUCCACAUCAGUGUUCACAGCAGGGUUACCUGUAAUUAAUAAGAAACCUAAUUGGUUAGGCAUGGGAAUUAGUGCCUCUUAUCCCAUCCUUUGGGUCUCUUCUGUUUUGUUGCCAAGAGUUGUUAGCCUCUUGCAACUUGAUCUGGAAACUAUAUAUUUUUCUGGUAGUAUAUGGUUGCAGGUGCAUGCAUUCUACAGGGGUAGGUGUACCUUUUUUGGGCAUCACUAGCUGCCGGCCAGCCUUGUCUUCUUUGUUCCAUUACCUGUAACGAAUUACUAACUGCAUGUGGAUAUACAUCGAUAGAUGCAUGCGAAUCUGAUCAAAAUAUGGUGCCGUUCCUAAUUAAACAAUCGUUUACAAUUUUUUGUUGGAUCAUACUACUACUAGCUAGCAGCAUCACCUGUAGGACUAGCUGGCUUGCAAAGACAGGACUAAGUGGAUUCAUCAUAGUUUAAAGAUUUAUGUAGGGUCCCGUUAAACAACUUCCAUUGUACGUCCAUUUCAUCUACAUAAGCGAAGCUCCGUUCUCUGGCUCUUCCACAAGCUGCACUACUGGCUAGAGCAAAAUCCACCCAUCCAUCCAUAUGGUUGAAGGUAAUUUCGCACUCCCUCCCUUCAAUAAUUCUGUGGUUCAUCGUCCACUCUGUGCUUCAUUUUCCUAGUGGUUCCAUAAGGGCUUCCUACCUUUAUUUUUCAAUAUAUCACGUGUAUCAUUUCUUCAGCAGCUCUGUGAGAAUUAAGCAUGCAUGCCUCUGCAGCUAGGUUUGCUACCAGAUUCUCUAAACUGCUGUUGCUACAUCAGCGUAAGUGUAGCCCGAACAAAUAUAAAUGGCUCUGUUCUUGUUUUGGGGACGGAUUGCAGUCUUUGUUUUUUUUCCUAAUCCGAGUUAUUCAAUGGUCAUUGUGCUAGUUAAUUGAUUAGUAGCAAAUGUUGUGAACCUUAAUACAUCAUCAAUUUUAUUUGCAUACAAGACACAUCUCAGGGCUCAUGUGUGCCUGGUACCACAUGGCCAAUUAUGAACUCUGUUGAAGAACUGAAGUAGAGGUUCACAUUUUCGAAAAAAUGAGAGAUGCACGGUUAAAAGAUCUGCGGAUUAGCAGAUCACCUGCUGCCUUCUACCAUCUUCUCCUGAUAUGGUUUCUUCCUUUUUUUUUGUCCCUCUUUAUAAACCAUCUGCAGAUUAGGGAAUCGCCUGCUGCCUUCUACCCACACUAGUACACAAGAAAGAAACAAACUCUAGAGACCUUUGGACAAUGGCGGACUUUGCUCUUGGGUUGACCAAGACGGCGGUGGAGGGGACGCUAAGCAGGAUCCAGUUGGCGAUUGAUGAGGAGAGCAAGCUGAGGGUGACGGCAAAGCAAGACCUGCGGUACAUCACAGCUGAAUUCCAGAUGAUGCAAUCCUUUCUAAAGGUGGCCAACAAAGAACGCGCCAACAACGAAGUGGUGAGGACCUGGGUGAGGCAGCUCCGGGACCUAGCCUUUGAUGUCGAAGACUGUGUUGAGUUUGUUGUCCACCUGGACAGCAACUCGGCCUUUGUCUGGCUGUGGCGCCUGGUGCCCUCCUGCAUGGCACCACCCCGUACUCGGGACCUGGACAGGGCGGUGGCCGAGUUAAAGCAGCUCAAGGUAAGGGUUGAGGAUGCAAGCCAGAGGAACACACGCUACAACCUCAUCAGCGACUCCGGCUCCCUCGCUAAGACCACCACGCCAACCGAGCAGGCGGCCCUGGCCACCGCCAACCCAUCAGCAUUCCACAUGCUAACUGAGGUCUGGGAGGCUGCUGGGAAGCGACGCGGCAUGACCAACCUGGACAAACUGAUCAUGGGUGAAGGGAGUGCCCUCCAAAUUAUCUCCGUGUGGGGAAGUACGGCGGCUGAUCUUGGGAUAACGUCCAUUUUCAGCAUGUUGUAUGGGGACCCAGAAAUCCGCCGAGCAUUCAAAAGACGUGCAUGGGUAAAGUUGACACAUCCUUUUAAUCCUCACGAGUUCCUUAAGUGCUUGCUGACUCAGUUCUACAUGAGCUCUCACCAAGAAAACAUAGAUGUGGACCAUCUCACGAAGGCCGAGCUCAUGCAGCAAGUGAAGGCGCACAAAUAUCUCAUCAUUCUAGAAGAAGUUUCCAGUGUGGUUGACUGGGAUGCCAUCAGAGUGUGCCUGCAGGACAAUGAGAACGGCAGCCGAAUCAUCGUGUCCACAAAGCAAUUAAGAACUGCACUCUUGUGUACAGGGGGUACAUACCAAGUUUCAGAGCUCCGGAGAUUCACUAAUGAUCAAUCUCUUUGUGCAUUUGCCAAGAAGGUAGGGCGUCGCAGUGGUAUGGGAGAUCUUGUUUGGCAAAUAAGGUGUCGUGGUGUGAUUUCGGUAUGGGGACUUAGUGAUGGCAAAUCAGCACGCAUUAAUGAAGUGUUUAACAGCAUAGUGUAUAAGUGUAACCAAUUUGAAGGAGUUGAAUUUCAAAAACACAGCUGGGUUGACGUACCCGUUCCUUUCAAUUUGGAUGUCUUCUCUCGGCGCGUACUUGUAAGUUUUCGUUCAAAAGAUCUCCAAGCCGAAGAAAUUGCUAUGGUUGGUAUGAUGGGAGAGCAAAGCCUGACUCAAGAGUGUUACAAGUUUCUGCAAGAAGAAGAUUGCCUUGUUGUUAUUAAUGAUCUGCAGUCCACACAUGACUGGGACUUGAUAAAAAAUGCCUUCUUUUCCAAGCCCAUUAAAGGAUGUAUUAUUAUCAUUACAAAUGAUUCAAGUGUUGCCACACAUUGUGCAGAAAAAGAUGGAGUUCUGAAUAUUGAAGAUUUGGAAGCCAGCGCUAUGCUCCGCCCCUUGAUAAAGGGUUGCCAAAACUAUGGAGUUGAAGGGAACAAGGCUACUCAAAGGGGUAGGGGUUACUUUUUCUCCACCAGAUUGGGAGAGACUCGUGAAUGGUUCGCACAUUUUUGGUUCUCAAAAUUUGGAGACACGCAUUCGGAACAAAUGAAUCAGCUUAAGAUAAAUUUAAGUAAUCCUGGUGUGACCUCGUUGUGGGGACCUGAUGAUGCCGGUAAAAUUCUUGUUAGAAUCAUGUGCUAUCGCAUGAUGCUUGAGUCAGAUACUUAUUGGGAGAAUGAAUACCAAGGGUGUCCAAUUUCCAAAGAAGAUAGACAUGGGAUGUUUAGCUGGGUUAAUGUGUUCCAUCCUUUCAAUUUGGAAAACUUCUCAAUGCAGUUGUUAUUGGAUUUUUAUUCAGAUGAUCUUCGUGCCAAGAAAGCUGCAGCAGUUGGUAUGAUGGAAGGCCAAGAUCCGAUUCAAAAGUGUACUAAAUUUCUCCGUGAAUACAAAUGCACUGUCGUAAUUGAGGGUCUACAGUCCACCGAUGAUUGGGAUUUGAUAAAAGCUACCUUAUUAUCUUAUCCAAUUACAAACCGUAUUGUUGUCAUUACAAAUGUUGCAACUGUUGCCACUCACUGUGUAGACAAGGGAGAUCGAGUUAUCAAGAUGAAUUGUCUAGAAGCUGAUGCGGCCCCUUGUCCCCCAAUAAAGGGUUGUGCUUCUCGCGUAUUCUCCAACAGGAGUGCAGAGGCACGUGACUUGAUCAACACAUUUCAACUUGUUGGGGGUCAGAAUCAAUCAGCAUUUGAGAUUCGCUGCAGUUUAUUUUUCUUGGCUCCUAGUGUGUCCUCAGUGUGGGGAAUUGCUGGUAUUGGGAAAUCAGCUGUGGUCAGAAGUCUGUACUGCCACCUGAUGCUUGGAGUGAAUCAUAAUUUCAAGGAUGGCGAAUCAUACAGAGGUUCUCAAUAUCGGCCGGAAUUUACAAUGUGCAGCUGGGUAGACGUGACUCGUCCAUUUAAUUUGACUGACUUGUCUUGUCAUCUGCUCCUAGAUUUUCAUUCAGAUGAUACUCAAGCUAAGGAAAAGGCAGCAGUUGGUAUCAUGGAAGGGCAAGAUCCGGUUCAAGAGUGUCGAAGAAUAAUGUGCGAGUACAGAAGCCUCGUUGUUAUCGAUGGAUUACAGUCCAGAGAGGAUUGGGACUUGAUAAAAGCUGCCUUCUUACCCGAUUCUACUAAUGCAUGUAUCAUUGUAAUUACUAAUGAAGAAAGCAUCGCUACACACUGUGUAGAUAAUGAAGAUCAAGUGGUCAAUGUCAAAGGUCUUGAAGCUGACGCAGCGCUUACUCUCUUCAAAAAGAUAACCUGGGAUGGAAAGGAAUUGACUCCUGACGAGUUGGAACUUUAUGAAGAUACCAUAGGCAGAUGUGGCGGGAUUCCUAAAGUUAUAGCUACUAUAGGCCAACUCUUUGCCAAAAAAAUAGCUAAAGGUUACAAUGACUGCAACAUGUUGUUGAAGGAUUUAAAUGAUGACUUUAUGGGCAAGUUGGAGACCGAUCAAGGGUGUCACAGUUUAAGGGAUCUAUUUUCUUGGAUGCAGUCCUACUUUGAUGGUUGCUCUGAUAACCUCAAGCCAUGUAUCUUCUAUCUGUCAAUCUUCCCUCCCAACCACAACAUAAGGUGGAGUUAUUUGUUCAGACGCUGGAUUGCUGAAGGUUAUUGCAGGGACACAUAUAGUGGUACCGCAGAGGAGAAUGGGAAGACGUUGUUUUCAGAACUCAUUAACUUGAGCAUAAUCCAACAAUCUGAGAAAGCAAUGAAGUGCAUAUACCAAGUCAAUGGGUUCUUUCAUGAAUACAUCAUUUCACGGCCAAUGGAAGACAACCUUGUCUUUUCACUAGAGGGGAAUUGCAGCCUGAACUCGCAACAUGCAGGACAACAUCUCACCAUAAGGAGGAGUUGGGACAGGGACAUCACGGUCUUUAGGAGCAUGGACUUGUCGCGUAUACGGUCCUUGACCGUAUUUGGGAAGUGGAUGUCAUUCUUUCUCUCUUCCAACAUUAGUCUACUUCGGGUGUUAGAUGUGGCAGGCACAUCGGGUUUACUAGAUGGUGACCUUGAGCAGAUCGCGAAGGUACUACCUCGUCUUAAAUUCCUCUCUCUGAGAGGAUGCCAAGAGAUAAGCCAUCUACCAGAAUCAUUUGGUGGCUUGAGGCAGCUUCAAACUUUGGAUGUCAGACACACCUCAAUAGCCAUGCUACCAUUUUGCAUCAUCAAGCUGCGGAAGUUGCAAUACAUUCGAGCCGGCACCAUCAUAUCAUCAGAUGUAGCUGAUGAAUCUGUUGCAAGUACACCAACAACAAAUGUUGACCGGACAUCCACACCAACCGAGGGCAGUGAUGACAUGGUUACAACAGUACAGGAAACAACAGAGGAGGUUCAUGCGUCAACACCGCUAUCACGGAGCUGCCAGACACGUAGUUUGGUGUCUAGCUGGUUAUCCAAGUUGCACAGACGCCGACUUGAUAAUGAUGGUGUUGAGGUUCCUGUAGGUAUUGGGAGCUUGACGGUCUUACAUACUCUUGGUGUUGUCAAUGUCAGUAUUCCUAAUGGAAAGGCAAUCCUGAAGGAGCUUAAGAACCUUACACAACUGCGCAAACUCGGCGUAUCUGGCAUAAACAGGCGAAACAUCAAAGAUCUGUGUUAUUUCAUCUCAGGCCAUGGUUAUCUGGAGUCCUUGUCAGUGCGACUCGAUAAGGAUAAGCAGGGGCUAUUUGCUUGUUUUGGUGAUAUGAUUCCCCAGCCACCCAAGACCCUAAAGAGCCUUAAGUUGCACGGGCACAUAAACAAACUGCCGAUUUGGAUCAAACAGCUUGAUGAUCUCAAGAAGUUAGAUAUUGAGUUGACUAUACUAUUGCAAGAGGACAUGCACUUCCGUGGCGAACAUCCAUAUUUAUAUUCCUUACGUCGCCUUUGUAUGAAGCCCGUUCAAGAUGGGGAACUCCAUUUUAGUGCGCCUGUAAAUGAGGGCUUUUGGAGGCUACGGGUCCUAGAGAUCGAUUGCAGCUCCAAUUUACAGGUAACUUUUGUAAACUGGGUGGCUGGCGAAGUUGAGGUGCUGAAGAUUCGCUGCUCUGAUGGGGCGUCUCUGAGAAUUUCUGGACUAGGGCAUCUAGGAAAGCUCAACGAAGUGUGGCUGAAGGGUUCCUACGGCGACGAAAUCAAGCAAGAGUUGCAGCAGCAAGUUUCCAAGCAUGCACAUAAACCUGUAUUGAAGCUAGUGCGGCGAUGCGAGUCCUGAUAGGAUCUUUAAUGUAUCCACGUGUUAUUUCUGUACUUGUAAGUUAGAUCAAGUCCUGUAGAAGUAUGUACUGUAGUACUGUAAAAGCAGCAGUAGGGUGUUCAUACAUUUCACUUUAUAAUCAUCUUUCUGAAAAGAUCAGCAGCUAUUAAAUUCAACCUCAGGAGGGCACUAGUCCCCCUAGCCUACCAAAGUUUAAACAUUAGAUUUGACAUUUUGGUGUUUUAUUAAAAGAUGAAAUAUUCUUUAA